AUGGGUCUCUAUAGCCUUGCCUCUUUUGUGACUGAGCUCACAUUCUGCAUUUGGGUCUUAUCCCUCUACUUCGCCUCCCCCUUUUACUUCUCCAUCCAACUUGGAUGCCAACCUAUCUCGACACUCGAGUCUAUCUUGAUCCUUUAUGUGAAGACUACCCGACGUCUCCUCGUAUACUCCGAUCCUGUCCUUCUAUAUGUCCUCCGAGUUGUCUGUCGUAUUGAGCAUUUUCUCGCACCCAACAUGGAAGCAAAAGCUACAGAGCUACUGACGGUCCUGAAGAACAAUAACCUUGCGAUUGAUGUCAAGGUCAGCCACCUGCUGGGCAUCAAAUCCGAUAUUAAACAGAAAAAUGUCCCCGAUAAUGCUGUGGACUUGAUCUUCGAGAGCCUACGGCUAGCGAUCUCAUCUCAUCACGCCGCCCUUUACGCAGCCGGUUUCUCUACGCUUGGCCACUUCCUAAAGCGGCUGUUCAUACAGGACCAGGCUCAUAUCGUCUCCGCUUAUGCCCGUCACUUUUGCCCUGUACUUCUAGAGCGCCUGGGGGACCACAAAGAGCGUGUCCGCGCUCAAGCUGCUCAAAUAUUUACCGACUUAUGGCCAGCCGCCAGCGCCGACGUAGAGCACUAUGUGCUCGAAGUAGCCUUGACGGGGAAAAACCCCAAGGCCAAAGAGACAAGCCUGAUAUGGCUAUCGAACAUGUCGAGAAAUCAUGGUCUCCUUUUCCGGUCAUAUGUACCGAGCGUGGUCUCAUGCUUAGAAGAUGCAGAUAGUUACGUGAGACACACUGCCAAAUCGACGGUAGUCGAACUAUUUCAGGAUGCGCCUGCACGGGCUAAAGCAGACCUGACCAAAGAAAUGACUGCUCAGAACGUUCGUCAAUCGAUCGUGAAUGCAGUUUAUGCAAAAAUCGGACUUGAUGACCACUCUUCCACAGCUCGCCCGCGCUCACGAGUAGAGCCUCGGUAUACCCCCUGCGCGGAUACUCACCCUCUACGUUCCGCCUCUCGAGCAGAGGCUGUGCACCAGCAGCCUGCUGCUGUGGUCUCCUCAGCCCCUGUAAGACCCUCUAAAGAAGUGGUUGUGGAACCAGAACUGAUCAAAAGCCGCCCUGGCUCAUCAAAGAGCGAACAGGAACGGACUACAGCCGCGGCUUCCGAUAUAGAAAAAGCAUCACACAUGGAGCCUGCCCAACAGAGCUCCCAGGAUGCUGAAGCUCCUCAGCCGCUUCAUGCUGAAACACCGAAGCACGUCGAAGAUCUCUUCCGCGUGCUGUCUCCUGCUUUCGAGGGCCGCGAGUCCGAGGACAAUUGGAGACACCGUGAGAAAUACAUUAUUUCUCUUCGCCGACUUGCUUACGGCAACGCACCCCAGGACUUUCCUCAGCCUUUUUUUACCGGGAUCAAGUCGAAUCUCGAUGGUAUUUUCAAAGCAGUCAAUUCCCUUCGCACCACUUUGUCCACCAAUGGGUGCCUCUUGAUCCAGGAUUUGGCCAAGAUUGGCGGGUCUAGAAUGGACCCGAUGGUUGAGGUCAUCAUGCAGAACCUGAUCAAGCUUUGUGGCGGAAUGAAAAAGAUUAGCGCUCAAAACGGCAAUGUCUGCGUCAACGACGUUUUGGCAAAUGUGACUUAUACUCCACGUCUCUUGCAACACGUGACGAGCGCAUGCCAGGACAAGAACGUCCAGUUACGUCUCUAUGCUGCAGGGUGGCUUAAAACCCUACUCAACAAACAAAGCCAUCACAAGAGCUCUCUUGAGCAUGGUGGCGGUUUGGCACUUCUUGAAAAGUCCCUGAAGAGGGGACUCACCGAUGCUAAUCCAGGCAUAAGGGAAGUGAUGAGGGGCGCCUUCUGGACUUUCCAUCGGAUGUGGCCUGCAAGGGGCAACAAUAUUUUAUCCGAUCUCGACAACAAGACCCGCCACCUACUCGAAAAAGAUCCGGCAAAUCCAAACCGAGAUCAACUGAGCUACUUGUCAAGCGACACUCUCACUGUGCCUAGUCGCUCUGCCUUGAAAGAGGCUAUUGCAGCGCAUAAAAAGCUCGUCUUGCACCAGCCAAGACGUUACCUCCACGACCGGAAUCAGCCCAAUCUUCAUUUGGUGAAACGAAGACAUCCGACGCCCCGGAGGGCAGUAAACCCGGGGCAGGCGUCCAGCUCAACUAAGAGCAAACCCAAGAAACUCGAUAUCCCCAUGACAAUGGCUGUCGACGCAGUUGCACCUAAUGCGAGUAACGAAAACGGAACCCAGGCGACUAGUAAGGUGAGAAAGCGUUCCAGCUUGUCUGAACAAUUCGCUGCGCUCAAGCGAGGUAUUCGGACCAGAACAUCCCCCAAAACAACGCCCAGAGCAUCCCCCGAAACAUCUCCCGAAACAUCUCCCAAGUUAUCCCCCCAAACACCCCCCAAUCAACCAGAUGAUUUCGAUAUAAAUGCACUGGGCGAAUUGUCUAUCAAUCGGUCAGAUCGUCGCGAUGAAACUGCCCUGGGAGAAUCAUCCCCCGAUAAACCAGAUCGUCACGACGAGAUUGCACCGGGCGACUUAUCUAUCAAUAGAUUAGAUCGUCGCGAUGAAAAUAUACCGAGCGCAUCACCUACCAACGGUCCAGAUCGUCACGACGAAAAUGCCCAGGGCGAAUUGUCUAUCAAUAAACCAGAUCAUCGUGAUGAAACCGUCCUGGGCGAAUUGUCUAUCAAUAGAUCAGAUCGUCGCGAUGAAACCGUCCUGGGUGAAUUAUCUAUCAAUAAACCAGAUCGUCGUGAUGAAACCGUCCUGGGCGAAUUGUCUAUCAAUAGAUCAGAUCGUCGUGAUGAAACCGUCCUGGGUGAAUUAUCUAUCAAUAGAUUAAGUCGUCGCGAUGAAAACGCACCGGGCAAAUCGCCUGCUAGUGAGCCAGAUCGUCACGAUGAAAAGCCGAUUGGUACUGUUGAAAAUACACCCCAACCCCACCGACGUGUCGAAGAAGCCGAGCCUUUCUACGCACGCUUCAAGAUACGCAGUCGCCUGAUGAACAAGCGAAGAAACAUCAGCCCACAUUCCGAACAGCUAGAAAAUGCGAAAGAGAUGGUCAGGGUUGCGGGACAACGAAUCCGCUCCAGGUCAUUCGACCUUUUUGCAUACCGAAAACUACAGGACCUUAUUCAUUAUCAUGGGGAGAAACUCUUCACUCAGCCAGUUUUCGAUGAUUUGCUUGAUGGGCUGUUGGUAGAGUUGCGCGAAGAACCGAGCCCAGAUAGAAAACACAAUGGUGACUAUGCAGACGUGAAGACCCAGGUCGUUGGUACACUUCGUCUGUUGGAAAAGGGCUGCCCGAACCUCUUUGUGAUUCACUACGAUGCAAUAGACGCCAUCUUUCAUGCCAGGAGAUACUUCGAAACCAACUCUUGGAUUGUUCAAGAACUCCAGCAAACCGCAUUGGAGUGGUUUCGUAACUGUGAGCCAUCAGGGCUCGAAGGCAUGCUUGUUACACUUGUCGAAUAUGUACAACAUGAGACACGGGAUGAACCGGGGUAUCGGUCCAUCCUCAUGGCACUCUCUCUACUCACUAAUCUGAUUGGCGACGCAAACAAGAAAGGGACUUGGUUCUCGAAUGAGAUCUUGGAGCAGGUUGGGACAAUAGCAGCAAGGGACGUCCUAGCCGAAGAUACCGACAUAAGAAAGAAGUCUAUCGAACUCUGUGUUCAACUAUAUGUGAUGUCUUGUAACGUGUAUCAAGACAAGGGGGUAGCUUUCUGGAGGUUGGUGAGAGCACCCGAAGGGGGCACCCGGCAAUUGAUAAUGUACUACAUAGCCAAACAGUAG